CAAGGUUAACUAUCUAUUGAAACUUGAGUGCCUAGCUAACAUUAUUACAGAUAUUUUGUUUGCCAAAACCCAGAUUUGAGUUAUGUUGGCCAAGGUAGGGUGGUUCGUCAGAAAGUUAUUUUGCUCUGAAUCAGAAUGCUUGUCUCGUCGGAAUCAAGUGGCUAGUGAGUCGGUGCAUGGUAAGAACUUGGCUGCUAAAUGGGUUGUUUGUGAAACUUGUGUAGAGGAAAAUAAAGCCUGUAACUGUCAUAGUAGACCGGAAGAUUUAAAGAGCGCAGUUGAUGGAGUGGAAGCUGAGGGUAAUAGUUCUUUUGCUCAUGCUGUCAUCAACAUGAUCGGAAUGCUAAUAGGUCUUGGGCAGUUAUCAACCCCAUAUGCUUUAGAAAAUGGAGGGUGGACUUCUGCAUUCUUGCUUAUUGGGCUAGGAAUAAUAUGUGCAUACAGUUCUCAUCUGCUUGGAAAAUGUCUUGACAAGAAUCCCAAGUCAAGAAGCUACGCAGAUAUUGGACAAGAAUCAUUUGGGAGCAAAGGAAGAGUUUUAGUUUUAACCUUCAUCUACAUGGAAAUUUUCAUGGCCCUCGUAUCCUACACCAUCUCUCUCCAUGAUAACAUUAUAACAGUAUUUUCAGGGACAAGACUUAGUUUGCCAUGGCUCAAAUUAUCAAAAUCUCAGUUGCUAACCAUGAUGGCAGUUCUAAUAGCACUUCCUAGUUUGUGGCUAAGAAAUCUCUCUACCAUAUCUCUUCUUUCAUCUGGGGGUAUCCUAAUGUCACUUGUUAUUUUCACUUCUGUGGCUUUCACUGCUGUCUUUGGAGGUCUGAAAGCUAAUCAUAGAAUACCAGUGCUUAGGCUCCAAAAGAUUCCUGCCAUAUCUGGCCUCUAUAUCUUCAGUUAUGCUGGCCAUAUUGUUUUCCCCAACUUGUACAAAUCCAUGAAGGAUCCAUCCAAGUUUACCAAGGCAUCUAUAGUGAGCUUUGCAUCGGUAACCACACUUUAUACAGCUCUAGCAUUUAUGGGUGCCAAACUCUUUGGCCCAGAAGUCAGUUCUCAGAUAACUCUCAGCAUGCCUCGACAGCUUAUCGUCACAAAGAUUGCUCUAUGGGCUACAGUCCUAACACCCAUGACAAAAUAUGCCCUCGAAUUUGCACCAUUCGCCAUCCAGCUUGAGCACAGUCUCCCCGAUUCUUUGAGUCCUAGGAUGAAGGUGGUCGUACGAGGAGUUGUGGGUUCAAUUUUGCUAAUUGUGAUCCUAGCCCUGGCACUCUCCGUGCCAUAUUUCGAGCAUGUUCUUGGCCUUACUGGCUCCCUAGUCAGUGUCAGUAUUUGCAUAGUCUUCCCCUGUGCCUUUUACACCAAGAUUUGUUGGCCUCACAUAUCUAAACCUCUCCUAAUCCUUAAUAUUACGCUUAUUGCAUUUGGCUUUAUUCUUGGAACUGUUGGCACCAUAUCCUCGUCAAGGUUGCUCAUAGCCACUCUGAUAAGAGCUCACUCAACCUGAAGAUGAAGCAAAGUUUCAAGGAUUGUAAUUUACUGGAUUUUUGCACGCCUUCUCCAAUUAUCUUAUACCAUAUAUAUGCAAAAAUAAUGGAGCCUCCUAUUGCUGCCAAUUAAAUUUAACAAGACAUAUUUGAUAAGGAGUUGCUCUUGUUUCAAGUAUAUUGAGGCCUUGCAUGCAUGAUAUUUCUUGUUGUUGUAUUUUGAAAAUGAUGAUUGGACCCCCAAUUAAGUGAAGGGGCAUCUACAAAUUUUCUUGUUAUGAUACAAGUCCACUUUAACAUCUUAUAUAUAAAAUUUUCUGGUUAAGGUUA